UAGUGAAUUAUACGGAGUGUUUUACUCUUAUCUGUCACCUAUAUUUAUUAAGUAUUUUGUAGUAUAUCAUGUGAAUGCUUCAUAUGCUGGUAAAGUAGGAUAAAGUAUAAUAAUAAUGAGAGAGAGUAUGGUUGCGCAUGGCGGGUGUCAGGCGAGGUUCACACUGGCGCUGUGUACUGCUAGCAGAAAACAUUUCGAAGAUGCGUCAAGUCAAGUAUGGCUGCGCCCAUUCUUAAGUGGAAGCGGGUCACUAAUACCACGGGCCCACAGCCCAGACCACGGCAUGGGCACCGCGCUGUCGCUAUCAAGGAUCUAAUGGUCGUGUUUGGGGGUGGGAAUGAAGGGAUAGUGGACGAAUUGCAUGUAUACAACACUGCCACCAAUCAAUGGUUUGUGCCACCUGUGAAGGGAGAUGUACCACCAGGAUGUGCUGCCUAUGGCUUUGUCGUGGAUGGAACUCGCAUUCUUGUCUUUGGUGGAAUGGUCGAAUAUGGCAAAUACAGCAAUGAAUUGUAUGAGCUACAGGCCUCGAGGUGGGAAUGGAAACGUGUGAAGCCCCGACCUCCACGCAAUGGCCCACCCCCAUGCCCCAGAUUGGGCCACUCGUUUACUCUUAUUGGCAAUAAAGUCUACCUCUUUGGUGGAUUAGCCAAUGAUAGUGAAGACCCAAAAAAUAAUAUUCCAAAAUACCUGAAUGAUCUUUACACAUUGGAACUACGGGCAAACUCUAAUGUUAUGUCAUGGGACAUACCAGACACUUAUGGUGUACCACCACCUCCAAGAGAAUCCCAUACAGGAGUUGCAUACACAAGCAAAGAUAAACCUAAAUUGGUUAUUUAUGGUGGGAUGAGUGGUACUAGAUUGGGAGAUCUCUGGAUUUUGGAUAUCAAUACUAUGAAUUGGGAGCGUCCAACUGUUAGUGGAGUACAUCCUCUUCCUCGUUCACUUCAUUCUGCCACUUUGCUGGGAAACAAGAUGUUUGUGUUUGGAGGUUGGGUACCUCUAGUGUUAGAAGAGCUCAAGGGCCCCAACAAUGAGAAGUCGGAGUGGAAGUGCACAAAUACCCUUGCAUGUCUAAACCUUGAAAACAUGAGUUGGGAAAAUGCAAUGAUGGAAAAAUUUGAAGACCAAAUGCCUCGUGCAAGAGCUGGGCACUGUUCAGUUGGCAUUCACUCUCGUCUUUUUGUGUGGUCAGGCAGAGAUGGUUACAGAAAAGCAUGGAAUAACCAGGUUUGCUGCAAAGAUUUGUGGUACCUGGAAACCAGUGUACCAGGGUCACCUGGUAGAGUGCAGUUGGUGAGAGCAUCAACUACUACCUUAGAGGUCUGCUGGGGUGCAACACCCACUGCAGAUGCAUAUCUCCUUCAGAUCCAAAAGUAUGACAUCCCAACCCCAGCAUCAACAGCAUCAACUCCAGCUACCCCUCCAAGCACUGCCACCUCCAGUAUACCUGGUACUCCUGCCAACAAGCCUAUUACUCUCACCCAAACUGUUCUUAGACCAGCUGCACCUGGAACUAUUACACCUAUGGCCCCUACCUCUCCACAAACUAUACGAGCUGGUGGUAACAUUGUCAGAGUACGAGCACCUGGAGCAGGACAGAUAAAAGUUAUUGGUGCAGGGGGACAAACGACACAAAUUUUGCGAGGUGGUCUACCAGCCACAACUACGGCUACAUCUCAAGGUGGCAUGUCAGGGAUUGCAGCCUUAGCUGCUGCAGCUGCAGCUGCUGCCUCACAAAAAAUAACUACAAGUACUGGUAGUACAGCAUCUCCUACUACAGUAAAAGUAGUGCAGCCUAAUACACUAGUCACUCCACAAGGUGUGAAAGUGGCUACUACAAUUGCAGGACAGACAGUGAGACUAGUUUCACCCUCUGGUCAGGUUCUUAACACCCAAGGAGCAACCGUGGCAGGACAGGGGGGUAAGCAGUUUAUCCUUCAGAAGAGUGGUGUACCUGGAUCACAACCACAGAUUGUUACACUUGUCAAGACGAGUAAAGGCCUUACACCGAUGUCAAAAGUGAACUUGGUUCAAAGUAAACCUGGUGUUGGUGGUCAAGGAGCAACCAUUGUCAAACUGGUCACUACUCAAGCAGGGGGUGCUGGAAAGCCUAUUAUGACCACUUCCACUACACAACCAGGACAGAUUCUCAGCCUUCAAGCUAGUGCACAGACUACGGGCAAAGCAGUUGGACAAGGACAGAAUAUUGUCAUAGCAAAACAGCAGCUUGGAACUGCAACAGUUGGAGGAAAGCAAACAAUAGUGAUAACCAAACCAGGAGCAGGUGGAACCAGUGGUGUGCGACCACAAACCUCUCAAAUCAUUGUAGUUACAACAGCAUCUGCUAUCCGAACUUUACAAACAGGCACUACCAGCACCAUCACUACACAAGCUGGGGGACAAACAGCUCAGGUAUCAGCUGGUGGUGGUGUGAAAAUGAUUGUGGUAUCAUCAGGGGGUGUUGGUGGCACAACUACCACACAAGCUGUCACCAAGCCCAUGACCAUUACAUUGGCAGGCCAGGCUGGUGCCAACACAAAGACAGUAACAAUAGCUGCCAAAUCUGGCACACCUAGUACCACAACUCUCCUCAACACUGGGUCAGGACAGAUUAUUGCUGUACCUGCCCAGGGUCUGCUGCAAUCAGGGCAACAGGCACUAACAAUUGGAGGAAAACCUGUAACAGUACAAGUAACUACAGCUGGAGGCCAAAAAACCGUAACUUUGGUAACAUCUCAGUCUAGUGGAAGCGCAACCACAACAAAUACUACAAGCACCUCAAGCACAGCAGCAACAAGCCAACCUUCAACAUCAAUAGGAGGUGCAGGGGAUGGGCCAGUGACCUCAGAUGCAGCUCUUGCUGCCUUGGCAGCAGAAGCAGGUCUUAUAAUGCCAACUAUAGAAGGGGAACAAAAUAAUGAACAAGCUUCUGCACCUAUUGGCACCCAGCAGGAGCACUCUGAAAACCAUACAAUACAAAGUACUGGAGAAUCUGUUACGGGAACUAUUCCAUCUGUAGGAGAAAGUAUAAAGCAAUCUCUGGGAGAAGGAAAUAAUGCCAGUGUAACAGGAGAGGACUCUUUACUUAAGAGACAAGACAGUAAUAGUGUUACAAGUGAAGGUGGUGAAAGUGCAAUAAAACAGGAACCAAUGGAUACAGAAGGAAUGACUGAAUCCAAUAAUCCCUGUCAAACAGUAGCAUCUGGAGUUGGAGAAGCAGGAGACACUACAGACCCCUUAGCUACUUUAGCUUCAGCAGCCAUUAAUUCCUCUCUAGGUACAGCUCCAGUUAUCAAGACAGAAGACUCUACCACUGCACUUGCUAAUGGCAUUAACCAGGAAACUACUGAAGUCAAGAAGCCAGAAACGGAAUGGUAUGAUGUGGGUAUAAUUCGUGGAACAGUAUGUACAGUACAAGCCUAUUACUUACCCACUGAAGCUGAGGCUCAUAAAAAUGAAACCUACACUGAUGCAGAAGGAGAAGUAACAGAGCGGAAAGCAAGUGGAAUUGAAGUGAAAUUACAACCUGGUACUGCAUAUAAGUUUAGAGUAGCUGGUAUAAAUGCAUGUGGACGAGGACCAUGGAGUGAAGUGUCUGCAUUCAAGACCUGUUUGCCUGGUUACCCAGGAGCACCAUCAGCCAUUAAAAUAUCAAAAUCUGCUGAAGGGGCACAUUUGUCAUGGGAACCACCUCAAAAUGCUGCUGGUGACAUUGUUGAGUACUCUGUUUACUUGGCUAUCAAAAAUGCAGCCACACAACAGGACACUGGAAGUGGAGGAGCCCAUCUUGCAUUUAUGCGUGUUUAUUGUGGUGCCAGUAACCAGUGCACUGUUCUUAAUGCUCAGUUGGCAGCAGCGCAUAUUGAUACAACCAAUAAACCGGCUAUUAUCUUCAGGAUAGCAGCCAGAAAUGACAAAGGAUAUGGACCAGCUACUCAAGUCAGGUGGCUUCAAGACUCUGUAAUGGGAGCUGCAGCAGGGGGCCCCAAGGUAGUAAUGAAAAGACCUACCUCUGACAACAGGUCACCAGUUGCAGUAAAAAAAUUCAAAGCAGAUGGAGAACCAAUGUUAUAGUGUUAAACCUAACUACUACAAUGGUUCCCAGUUAACAGUUGUAUAGGCCCGGUGUUGGAUAAGAGGUGAUGUCUUUGGUCGAUGAUUUUCUCCUGAAUGUCCGGUGCCAAAGAUCGAGUUGAGAUCACCCUGCAUCCAGUUCCUAGGAGGGAUGAAGACUCUAAACCACAAGUGUCCAUCAUAUGCAAGAAAAUUCUGUUAAAUUUUGUUGGGUCUUGACUGUCACAUACAGAGAAGGCAUAGUUUUUAUGAUUUCGAAUAAGGAGAUUAUCUUAAGUUUUCUCUCAUGCACGAAGUAGUGUAUGUUGACAUGGUCUUAACCCACUUGUUUGCUCCCAUUUUACCUGUAAGUGUUGCCACUUGAUGAUCUGAACCAAAUAUAUAUUACUAAGUGAUAAAUGGGUAGACAUGCCCUGACUUCAUUUAAUUUAUAAAUAAUACUUUAAUGUACAUUUAAGGUCCAUCCAAACUGUUAAUUUCAUGUAAAUGUUUGUGUCACAGCUUUGUACCACUAGCUAAUAUGCAUAUGAAAGGCAUUCAGUGAAUGCCCUAAACAUUGUUUUUCAAAGUUAAGAACUUUGUAUUCUAGUACACUCUCCUGUCUCCAUGUGUCAUGGAGAAGACCUUUACCUGAAAAUUGACACCCUGCUCCUGGGAAAAGAAUACUGUAUAUACAUGAAGUCAUUGAGGGGUUAAACCCCUAACCCCUAGUGUGUUGAGUUGUUGGAAUAUCCAUGAGAUGUCCCAUUUCAGGGUGUGUUCACUAAAAGUAGAGUGUGACAGUUCUUAGAUAAUUCAACUUGGCCUUAGCAGGUUACAACAAUGAGGCAGGCGAUGCCAUAACCCCUGUGUCACCAGUCGACGUCAUCAUUUCAUCUCAUCACAACUCAUGCUUCAUUUUUACAUUGCAGGGCCUCCAAAAAAGUCUUCUUUUAUAAAGUAGUUAUCAUUUAGGUAAAGCAGUCAUUUAUUUUCUCAACAGAACCGUGUGGAUUACGAGUGUUUCGUAUAAUAACACUAAUCCAUCAUUUUCCUGCAUAUCAUAAUCUUACUUUUGGAAUACAUCAGUUUCAUUCUCGUCAUACAUAUAUCAUUGUAGAUACCAGUCCUUUAUGAGUUACCUGAAAUAUAGAAAACUAUCUUGAUAGCUGUAAUUUUUACUAUAGCAAGUCAUGUUUAAAUGAAGGCAGGCUUUUUCCUUUUAAAAUAAAGGGGGGGGGGAGGAAAAGAGUACAAACAAAGCAAGAUCAAGAGUGAAGCUGCUGUAAGUUUAGACUAAAUUUAUCAGAGUGGGUUCAUGUACCGUUUUCCACUUUCUUCCAGGCUUCUCCAUGCCUCAUGCUAGUGGACAUGAGAGAUCAACUUUGUAAUAAGUUUUGAGAAUACUCCACUGAUGGAAUAUUUCUAGGAUCUUUGUUUUAAAAUGUUCUUUCCAGUAUUUUUAAUUUUAUUACAGACAAAAAUAUAUGUGAACUUAUAUAAAGCUCCUUUAUAUUAUGUGGUGAUAAUCUCUUGUACAUAAAAUUACCCAGUGUUGUUUUUUUUUUCAAUUCUGUGAGAGGAACAUGAGGUUCAGUAUGCAAUUACAGCCUGGAUGGGAAAUGGCCACAGUACCUGACCAGAUAUUAACACAAAGAAAUUGGUGUAAGAUGGGUUUUAAGCAAAACUCAGUUAUAAAACCCUUCUUCUACCACUAUACACUUUGGUAACAAUUUCUCUAGGCUGUAAGAAAAGAUUAGUAGUGAAUAAUAUUACAAAAUCAAUAAUCUAGAGAAAGUGCUUUUAAAUCUUUAAUAUUUUAUUUUUCAAAGUAAGAAUAAAAUGAACUAUUGAAAUAGUGAAAA